GGAAGCCUGGAGCGGACCACCACCAGCGGCGGCCGCAGCGGUUCGUCGACGUCGGCGCACAAGCGCACGGCCUCGACCGGUUCCGCCACUUUAUCAAGAGGCGCACACAAGCGAAGUCGCUACGAGGAAGAGGAGGAAGAAGACGAGGAAGACGAAGAUUCGUUCCUGGAUGAUGACGACGAGGACCACCACCAGGCCUCGCGGCGGGAGCUGCAGGAGCUGUGCCGCGCGUUUGCCAAGGGGCGCAACUACUGGGAGGACGAAGACGACUUUGACGACGCCGCCAUGGAGGUCUCCUGGCGCGACGCCCUCGCCGAAGAGAAUCGCAGUGCUCGCCUGGGCGCGUUGGAGGACAGGAAGGACAUGGAGGAGGAGCUGCGGCGGAAGAAGGAGAAGCAGGAGAAAAAGAAGAAGCUCGCCCAGGAACGCAAGAAGGCCCGGAGGUAG